UAGGUUUGGGUGAUAAUAGUAAAAAAAAAAAAAAAAAAAGUAAAAUCAGUGGCGAAGCACUGAUCUGAUCAAAAUCAUAAAUCUGUUUUCUUUUGAUCCAAAGUCAGAGGCGGAGAGGAGUGAUCUCGCCGUUUCUCUUCUCACCGGGAGACCAGAUCAAUCCCCACAUAUUCCUAAUCGAGUUUUUUGAUUAGUGAAAUUCGAUUGAAGGAGAAGGCAUUUUGCGUCGCAUUGAUCUGAAUCUUGAUCUGGUUUCGCUCGUAAUCAGUGUGAAAAAUGGCGAGGAAAGGGUCGAGUAUGAGAUUAACAAGCUCGAGAGUAUCAUCCCUUUUGAUCUCCAUGUUCGCUACAUUCGCUUCCUUCUAUGUCGCAGGCCGGUUAUGGCAAGAAUCACAAACUAGGGUUCAUCUUAUCAAGGAGCUCGACAGAGUAACCGAACAGGGUAAAUCUGCUAUAUCAGUGGAUGAUACUUUAAAGAUCAUAGCUUGCAGGGAACAGGAGAAGACAUUAGCAGCUCUUGAGAUCCAAUUAAGUGCUGCCAGGCAAGAAGGCUUUGUUUCCAAACAUCCAAAACAUACUGAUGGUACCGAGACUAAGAAGAGGCCGCUAGUGGUUAUCGGUAUCAUGACAAGUUUGGGUAACAAGAAGAAAAGAUACGCUGUCCGGCAAGCUUGGAUGGGGACAGGUGCAUCAUUAAAAAAGAUUGAAACUGAAAAGGGUGUGAUUGCACGAUUUGUUAUUGGAAGAAGCGUGAAUAAAGGGGACAGUAUGGACAAGAGCAUUGACGCUGAAAACAGUCAAACCGAUGACUUCAUUAUUCUUGAUGAUGUAGUUGAGGCACCCGAGGAAGCUUCUAAGAAAGUAAAGCUGUUCUUUGCCUACGCUGCAGAGAGGUGGGAUGCACAGUUUUAUGCAAAGUCCAUUGACAAUAUCUACGUCAAUAUUGAUGCUCUCGGAAGCACACUUGCAGCACAUCUGGAGAACCCACGAGCUUACAUCGGUUGCAUGAAAUCAGGCGAAGUUUUCUCAGAACCGAACCAAAAAUGGUAUGAACCAGAAUGGUGGAAGUUCGGUGACAAGAAAGCAUACUUCCGGCAUGCUUAUGGGGAGAUGUACGUUAUAACACAUGCAUUGGCUAGAUUUGUAUCUAUCAAUAGAGACAUACUUCAUUCGUAUGCUCAUGAUGACGUCAGCACGGGCUCAUGGUUCGUGGGACUUGAUGUGAAACAUGUAGAUGAAGGAAAGUUUUGCUGUUCCGCUUGGUCCUCAGAAGCUAUAUGCGCAGGAGUGUAGUAUGGCCAAACUUUACAGAGACGAGUGUGAGGCUUUGCCGCUUAUAGAAGCGCAAACAACGUAAAUUUGAUCUGAAAAGAGGCUAAUUACAACAUUUCUUCUAUAUGUACCUUAAACCUCACCAUUUAAUAACAAUCUUAUACCCUUUGUGGGGUUUGUGUCAUGUCA